ACCGGAAGUGGUUCAAGUCUUGCCAGCACUGUUCUCCGCUGUCUUUUACGGUUUAAUUGAUUGUGUUGCUGUGAUUUGUAUUUGCAGAGGUGUGUGUGGAGCUUCGUCUGUCACUCAUUCAUCGCAGGUGUGCAGGCUGAACUUUGCUAACACUCACCGGCAGACAGCGGCAAAGGUUCUGCAACGUGCUCCCUGAAGUUUCAUAUUGAAAAACUGCGAGAUGGCUUCUGCAUGGCAAAGUGCCCUGUCCCUGCACCAGAGCAUAGUAGACAAUGGAGACAAGAGGACAGACCUGUGGCUGCUGGUCUACUCCCCGGUCCCCGUGGCCAUCAUCUUCCUGCUGUACCUGUGUGUGGUGUGGGCCGGCCCUCGUCUAAUGAAACACAGAGAGCCCCUCGACCUCAAAGGCAUCCUCAUCGUCUACAACUUCUCCAUGGUCGGCCUGUCGGGAUACAUGUUCUAUGAGUUCCUGGUCACAUCCUGGCUCUCGAACUACAGCUACCUCUGCCAGCCGGUAGAUUACAGCAACAGCCCUCUGGCAGUGAGGAUGGCCAAAGUGUGCUGGUGGUUCUUCUUCUCUAAGGUCAUAGAGCUCAGUGACACGCUCUUCUUCAUCCUGAGGAAGAAGAACAGCCAGCUGACCUUCCUCCACAUUUACCACCACGCUACCAUGGUCUUCAACUGGUGGUCCGGAGUCAAGUAUUUGGCUGGAGGACAAUCGUUCUUCAUCGGCCUGGUCAACACCUUCGUCCACGUGGUGAUGUACUCCUACUACGGCCUGGCUGCCGUCGGCCCUCACAUGCAGAAGUACCUGUGGUGGAAGAGAUACCUGACGUCCCUGCAGCUCGUGCAGUUCGUGCUGUUCCUCCUGCACACCGGCUACAACCUGUUCGCAGACUGCGACUUCCCCGACGCCAUGAACAUGGUGGUGUUCGGCUACUGCGUCUCCCUCAUCGUCCUCUUCAGUAACUUCUAUUAUCAGAGCUACCUCAGCAAGAAGAAGCAGAAAUGAGACGCAGUGGUGAGGUAUUGUAAGGAUGUUUAUCCUGUGUCUGCAAUACUCACUUAUCUCCACUAGACAGAACAACACACUGACAUUUUCCUCAUGGUGCUCACAAUUUGAUUUCUUUAUAUUGAGAAAUGACUGACAUUGAAAUGAUUGCUACAAACUAAAUAUAUACUUGAAAAUGCAAUAGGUUGGUUUCUUCACACUGUUGAAGAAAUAAAGAGAGACGGAUAGUUAAGCUAUACGGUCACACUUGAUCGUUUACUUUAUACCGACAUGUUCAACUAAUAUGAAGCAUUUUGUAUGUGUUUUCUAUACAUUUUCAACAGGACUAGUGUGAAGUCAAGUAUAUGGCUAGACCUGUGCAUGUUUAAUUUACUCCAUUUUGGGCCAGUGUUUACAGUGGAGGUCAGUGGAUGUGUCUAUAACUUGAAUUCCUGCAUUUUGAAUGUUUUCUGUAAUGGUCCCAGUUCUGUGCUCUCAAAGUGUACUGCGGUGUCAUGUGACAUGGUUAAGCUGCAUUUGAGGCAAAUAAUGGGGGACUGCUCUAUUGUAAUAAAUUCAACAAUAUAA